UCGCGUCUCAAGUAACAGUCCAGCCCUCCCUCGCCACAGGUGCCCCGCCUGUCAGCCUCUUGCUCCUUGUGACUCCGGCAGCAUUCGCGCCGAAGCAAAAUGCGCAGAGGGCGACUUCCACGUAGAAGAAUGCGCCAUUGCCGACCAGAGAGCUCACUCUGAUCCAAGCCUACCGUUCGCGAUCAAUACAAGCCUCCUCUGGUUCGGUCCAAGACCUACUCCCCUCCCACAAAUUCUUCUUUCUAGCCCAGCAUGGUCCACUUGGACCUCGAGGCUCAAGAGCAAGAUCGUCAUCACUCACCAAGAAGCAAGCAGCUUCCGUGGCGCCGGGAGCCGACUGCUCAAGACCGGCUACCAGCCAAGCCACAGCAUGACCAUCAACAGCAACUACCAGGCCCACACCGUCAGCUUCGACGACCUACACCUCACCAUCAACGAUCUAGUCGGCAAAAAGGGACCCCCAGUCGCCUACCUCACCACCUUCGGCGUCGGCGAGAAGGCACUUUUCACCCACGGCAAGAACUACGCCCUUGCCUACACAACAAUCGUGCUCGAAGAACUCUUCCACCAAUUCACACCAGGAGUCCUAUGGCUAGACUCCUGCGUGUUCCCAAGACAAUCAAAAUAUUCCGUCAAGUCUGAACACAAAGUAAGUCGUCUGCCAUUCUUCGUCUUGGUGCACACGGACUGACAUGAAC